GUCGACUGUUUGUGUUCUUGGAUAUUUGUCCAAACAGGAGUUCAGAAGCACAGUGUGUGUGUCCAUUAAAUGACCAUGGAGACACACUGGUACACACUUGGUGUUGUGACUCUACUGAGUCUAUGUGUGCAUUCUUAUGCACUGUUUGCCAAACACGAUGAGCCCCCUCCAAAACCAGGACAAUGCCCAAACACGCUUUACACUUUUCCAUCACGUUUGGGAUGUUCCAGUGACCAAGACUGUGAAGAUUAUGAAAAAUGCUGCACCUAUAACUGUGGGUCUGUUUGUGUUGCCCCUCAUUACAUAAAAGCUUUGUGUCCUGACUCGAGUGGGACCGGCACGUGUGAGCAAGAGUGUGAAUGUGACGACGACUGCAAGCGUGGUAAAAAAUGCUGCUUUAAUGGAUGCGCAAAAGAGUGCAUGCCACCAAAAAUAGUGAAGCCGGGGUUUUGCGGUUUCCCAACCUUCUCUCCGUGUGGAGUAACCUGCCUGGAUGAUGGUUAUUGUUCAGGGGAUGACAAGUGCUGCCCAUCUUUCUGUGGUCAUUUCUGCAGGAUACCCAUGUGAUCACACAUAUAUUGUAAAUUAGCAAAAAUAAUACAAUAAAUGGUUUAUUUUUCUCUUGUUA